UAUCUUCCUAAAUGGUUAUUGUUUACUUCUGCUUUGGGUAUUUUCAACACUAUUCAAAACUUUUGUACUGAUUCCCUUACCAAACGCCUUUACGCUGGUAAACCUGAACAAGUGACACCAUUAAGUGCACGUUUAUUUGCCACCUGGACCUGGUCUGUUAGUAUGAUUCGAAUCUAUGCUGCUUUCCACCUUCAACAUCGUUUUAUGUAUGAACUUGGGAUUUGGACUUAUGUUAUUGCUUUGACACAUUAUGCUGGGGAAUUACUCGUUUUUCGAGGUUGUAAAUUCAAUGGACCUUACUUAUCACCUUUAUGUGUUGCUGUCACUUCUCUAGUAUGGUUGACACAAGUGAAGGAUCAAUAUGUCAAGUAUGAUUAUUAGGUUUAAUAUGGAUGACUAGUUGUUUUAGAUGAUUGGAUUGGUGGUACAGACGGCGUUUCAAAAUAAACAAUGCAACCACUUUUUUUUUAAUACUGAUCUUUGUGUCCAUUAUUGAUUAUGGGUCCUUCUCGUUAUAUAUAUAUAUAUAUAUAUAUAUAUAUUUGUGCGUGUGUAUUAUGUGUGUAUGUGUGUGUGGGAAUCGUC